AUGGCGCACCAACCUGUUCCCUUCAAUCGAAUAAUUACCACCCACGACCGCCGAACCGGAAAGGCUGUUUUCGACAACGAUAUUGAUGCCCACGUUCCCUUUGCAGGGUUCCCAGUGCCCCCAGGAAAGCCGACUACAUCUGACUAUGCACUCGCCUACGCGACCACAACAUUUCCGGUUAAAGGUCUUUCCCCCCCUACAUCGGCCACACCAGAAGCGGAAGCAAAUCUCGACAUCAAACAAUACGCGGCCAAGCUGGAUGACCCCAGCCCUUUGAAUCCAGAAAACGGCACAUCCUGCACAGUCAUCGAGGUGCCGCCUAAUAUCGACGUCCCAAUGCACCGCACUGCAAGCCUUGACUACGGCGUUGUCAUUGACGGAACUACAGAGUUGGUUCUUGACUCCGGUGAGACCAAGACUCUAGAAAAGGGUGAUGUUUUCGUCCAGCGGGGCACCGCUCACUCGUGGCGGAAUAUUACCCGUUCAGAGGACAAUAACGGUGUCUUACGUGUGUUUUUUGUUUUCCAGCCCAUUGAGCCUGUAAAGGUAGGGGGGAAGGAGUUGCAUCAGGAUCUGGCACUGUCUCUGCAUAAAUGA